GCGCUGCCGCCGAGAAUCGGGUUCAGGCGGAUGCUCUGAAUGAAUCUCACCUCUACUUCGUAAAGGCAGAGCAAGGUUAUAUGUCGAGAAGCCCUGUAGGCACAGAACGAGUCUGCUAGCUGCACUGCUGACGCUUGCGUUCGACUGUCCAUCAUGUCGUCUGCUCCGAGCUCGCCCGUGCGUUCUUCAUCGCCACCACGUGAUUCGCAAGAUGGCUUGGACCCGUUUCCUGAUGAGACGGAGGAGCUUGCACGCCAAGAGGCUAGCGAUGUUCCCUACUCUCACGACGGUGUCGAGGAGGAAGAAGGGGAAGGGGAGGAUCUCUUUGGUGAUGACAUGGGCGCCGACUACCGUGCGAUAGAGCAGCUCGAUCGCUAUGACCCCGAGAUGCUGGAUGAUGCCAGUGACAUUUCAGAGUUGAGCCAGAAUCAACGUGCUGAAGCAGAACGCCUGAUGCGUGCACGCGAUCGGCGCAUGGGCAUGCAAGUUCGAGGCCGCUCACGCAUGCCACGGGGAUUGGGCUUUGGUGACGAUGAGGAAGAGGAGGAAGAUUCGGGCGAACCCCGUCCCCAGCGUCGGCGUCUGGCUGAACGGGCUCUCCAGCCAGAGCAAGAGGGCGAAGACAUGGAUGUGAAUGACGACGAGCCGAUCAUUGAGAAUCUCGAAGACCGCAAAGGUCACACGACUCGCGAGUGGGUGCAAAUGGAGUCUCCACGCCGUGAAAUUCACCGUCGCUUCAAGCUAUUCUUGCGCAACACGGAAGAGAAGGGUGUCAAAAUCUAUCAGGUGAAGAUUCGGGAGCUCGCGCAAAGCAACGCUGAAUCUCUCGUCAUCAGCUAUCGCUCUCUCUGCGAAGAAUCGCCAACCUUGGCCAUUUACGCAAGCGAUGCCCCGGCUGAGAUGCUUCAGAUCUUUGAUGCGGCCGCACGCGAUGUUGUACUCGAGUCAUACCCUUACUAUGAUGAGAUUCGAUCGGAGAUUCACGUGCGCAUCUCCGAUCUGCCCGUCGUUGAGAACAUCCGUGAUUUGCGUCAGCACCACCUGAACAUGCUCAUCAAGGUCAGCGGCGUUGUCACGCGCCGCACAGGCGUCUUCCCUCAGCUCAAGGUUGUCAAAUACAACUGUGAAAAAUGUGGCUACUUGAUUGGCCCGAUUGUGCAAGAUAACAUUCGAGAGGUGUCUGUCAACAACUGCCCGAGCUGUCAAUCUCGAGGACCUUUUAGCGUGAAUGCGGAGGAAACGAUCUACCGCAACUUUCAGCGUGCUACCAUUCAGGAGUCUCCCGGUACCGUUCCAGCCGGCCGGUUACCACGUCAGAAGGAAGUCAUUCUUCUUUGGGAUUACGUCGAUUAUGUCAAGCCGGGCGACGAAGUGCUCUUGACGGGAAUUUAUCGCAACAACUUUGACAGCGCACUGAACGCCAAGCACGGCUUUCCCAUCUUUGCGACUGUGAUCGAGGCCAACUUUAUCGAGAAACGUGCCGAUAAGCUGUUCCAGGAUGGCAUUACAGACGACGAUAUUAAAGAGAUUCAAGCGCUUGCCGCUGAUGAGAACAUUGGUCGGCGCAUCGUGCGAAGCAUCGCACCGUCCAUUUAUGGGCAUGAGGAUAUCAAAACGGCAUUGGCAUUGGCCAUGUUCGGGGGCGAGGCUAAGAAUCCCGGUGGCAAGCACCGCGUUCGUGGUGACAUCAACGUUUUGGUCUUGGGCGACCCUGGCACGGCCAAGUCGCAGUUUCUCAAGUACAUUGAGAAGACGUCGCAUCGCGCCGUUUUUACGACGGGUCAAGGCGCCUCCGCGGUGGGUCUGACAGCCUCGGUGAGCCGCGAUCCUGUGACGCGCGAGUGGACCUUGCAGGGUGGAGCUUUGGUGUUGGCGGACCAAGGCGUCUGUUUGAUUGACGAGUUUGACAAGAUGAACGACCAGGACCGGACCAGCAUCCACGAGGCCAUGGAACAGCAAUCCAUUUCCGUCUCCAAGGCUGGCAUUAUCACCAGUCUGCAAGCCCGCUGCUCCGUGAUUGCGGCAGCCAACCCCAUCCGUGGCCGUUAUCAGCCGGGUCUUACUUUCAGUCAAAAUGUGGACCUGACCGAGCCCAUCCUCUCUCGCUUUGACAUUCUCUGUGUGGUCAAAGAUACGGCUGACCCCAUCAAAGAUGAGCGCCUGGCGAGCUUCGUUGUGGACAGUCACAUGAACAAUCAUCCCGAGAGUCAGCGAGGGGCUGGUACGACGAUCACUUCAAGGCCUGGCGAGAUUUCUCAGGAGCUGUUGCGCAAAUACAUCAAGUACUCGAAGAAGAUUCAUCCCAAGCUGCAGGACAUGGAUCAGGACAAGAUUGCCAACCUGUAUGCCGAGUUGCGUCGGGAGGCAGAGAUUACGGGCAGCAUCCCCAUUACCGUGCGUCACAUCGAGUCGAUGAUCCGGAUGGCAGAGGCGCAUGCUCGCAUGCACUUGCGUGAGUAUGUGCGCUCGGAUGACGUGGACCUGGCCAUACGUGUCAUGCUAACAAGCUUUAUUGAGACGCAAAAGUUCUCAGUCAUGAAGACGAUGCAGCGGCACUUUCAAAAGUACAUUACCUAUCGCCGGGACAACAAUGAGCUCCUGCUCUUUAUCCUGCAGGAGCUUGUGGCAGAGACACAGCGCUUCCGUAUUUCGCGCGGCGAAGACAUGGAUCUGGGUCAACUGGAAGUGGACUUGAAUGACUUUGUGGCCAAGGGGCAGGAAAGGCGUUGA